GGCCGUCGGUUGGGGAGGCCAGAUUUGGAAAAGGAGGUUCUGGGGUUUUCCCACUGAGAAAGAGCGGUUCCCUGAGAGCCUGAGGCUUCCAUCCAAGCCCUGAAUGGCUGGCCUCCAGUUGGCUCCACAUCUGCCCGUGGGCGUCAUGUUCCCACAUAAUAAAACAGAAGCUGCAGGGCUCCGCUCUGCCAAGCAGGACCCUUAUGAGCAAGGUGACACUGCCCAGCAGUCUUCCACGGGGCAUCCGAGGCACAGUUUCCAGAAGAAGCUUUUGAGCAGCCAGGAGCUGCCACAGGAAGCUCUUGCUACUCACUCCACACAGGACACCUGCACCAAAGCCCAGAGCGACUCCUAUCUUCGCCAUGUGUACAUCGGCCAGCGAGACUCCAGAAGCGACCCCCAGGACCAAGGCAAGGGGUUAUGGAAUGCAUCAGGCCAUGCAUCCUGGCGUCCCAAAGCAACUAACCAAGACUUGAAUCCCUUUGGGAAGAAGCGAGUUGGGGUGGACCGGGCCUACCCACUGAAGCCCAUGGUCCACCGGAAGUCUCACAGUACAGGCGAGGCCAGUCCUGAUGGGAACCAGCAUGCCUACGCAAGGUCCCCUGCGCCAUACAGCUGCUUGGCUUCCAGGAACUGUCCGAAUGUCUCCGUGGUUGGUGCCGUUCUGGCUGCGGUACAGGGUGAGAAGGCCGUGGCAAACCUUGGCAGGAGUGAGUGGGCGCAGAUUCAAAGGCUGGAAGCGCUAGGGGAGAGCUUAGAGGAGGAGAUCCGAAGAAAGGAGAUCCUCCUGAGGAACAAGCUGAAGAAGACCGAGCAGGAGCUUAGGAGGAUCCAGAAGGAAAGGGAAGGGACUGAGGAAAAUGACCCCUGGGACCUCCAGAGGACACUCCUCCCCAGGCAGAGAGUGCAGGGCAGUGGUGGCCACCCUACACGCCAUCCCCUCUUCCCCUCGGAAUUUGAGUCUGAGGAGGUGCCCAGCAGAGAUAGAAGAGAGGACGAAACCUGGGCAUGGUCUCAAGAAAAUUGUAAUCCAUUCCAGUACUCGAGUCAUGGACUGCAGAGGCUGAAGAGGGAGAGGCUGGUGGCAAGCAAUACCAAACCCAAAGAUGGCAUCUCAGGGACAUCAGAGAAGUGCUGUCAGCCAUCGGAAGUGCCUGACCAGAGAAACAGCCCUAAUCCCAACCCGCACAGGGCCCCAGGCUCAGCAGGUUCCGGCUGUUCCACCCAAGAGCUGGCUCUGGGCAAGUGUGACCACUGUGGACGCACCUUUCUGCUCUCAAGGCUGCAGAGACACUCCAACGUCUGUAGCCGGAUGCAAGGUGCCAAGAGGAAGGUGUUCGACUCCUGCAGGGCCCGGGCCAAAGGCACAGAGCUAGAACAGUACUUGAACUGGAAGGGACAGACUUCAGUCCAGCCCGAAGCUCCGCGGAAGAGCAACUGGAGACAGAAGCACGAGUGUUUCAUCCAGACCCUGCGCCAGGCACGAGAGGCCCAGCAGGUCAUCGCCAAAGGUGGCAACCCCUCCGACUUGCCUCCCAUCCCACCUGUGGAAAACCCAGACUACAUCCAGUGUCCUCACUGCAGCCGCCGCUUUGCCCCCAAGGUGGCUGAGCGACAUGUGCCCAAGUGUAAGACCAUCAAGUGCCGCCCUCCCCCUCCGAGGAAGCAUUAUGGCUGAAUGGCAGCCGACAGUGCAGCCU